AUGUGUACAGUAGGUUUUGUUGCAGGGAUGGUAAGAUUUUUUAUGGAAAUCCAUACGGUUGACCUUGCCGUUGAGUGCUUGGUUACUGAUUUGUUGUACGUCACCACGUGCUUAAGACUUAUUAGUCCGUCCAUUUACGAGGACAGGAGACUACAACUCUACGACCAUAUAAUAUUUGAUUGGAGUAGGAUAAUGAUCAAAGAAGAAAGAAGCUUUUUGGUCGAAAGAGCCAAAUCGACGUAUCGAUUUUUUUUCAUCUACAUGUCUUUUAUUUUCUCCGCAUCGUCAAUGUACAUGGUGUUUCCUAUGGUCGAAAUGCUCUACGCGGAUUUCUUCACGAACGUAACGGUCAAAAAAGAACUACCCUACAAAGUUGAGCUCUUUAUCGAUCAGGACAAAUAUUUCUACCCUUUAAUGGUGUACUCAUCUUUAGGCUGUCUUUGGGGAGUGGCAGUUAUUAUUGCCCAUGACUUUUCGUAUUGCAUGACAGUAGAUCACGUCUGUUGUUUGUACGUUAUCAUCAGGAUGCGGUUGGUAAGAGCUACGAAAUUGAUAAAAAGAAUCGAAGAAGGUCGUGAAACUUAUCAAACGAUCGGAAAAGACAUCGACAAAUUGGUUGUAGAAGCAAUUGAAUUGCAUAAUAUGGCGAUGAUAAGGAUCAAGAUUAUAGAUAAAAUCUACGGUCUUACGUGGUUAUUUAAUACUCUGUCGAUCACCCUCAGCAUAGGAGGCGGACUUUUAGUCGUGUUGAACAGUAUUAACGAUAAUAAUGUACUUAAAAUGGCAAGAAUAAGUAUAGCAUUUGUUACGUUUUGGGGACAGUUGUACUUUAUAUUUUAUCCUGGUCAAAAAGUUAUUGACAACAGUGUUUGGUUAUUCGAGGCUUGUUACAGUAUGCCAUGGUACUACAUGCCGAAGAGAUCAGUUAUACUCAUACGUAUGAUGUCGAUACAAAGUUUAAGACCUUGUCAAUUGACUGCAGCAUAUUUACUGCAUUUAGAUAUGGAAACCUUCAUGAAGGUAUAA